AUGGCUGAGCGCCAGCAUGAUUUUUCUGCACGUUUGGAGGAGUUUACUGGCUACGACUGGGCAUCGUGGUUCGGCCGGCUACAGUUUUUCUACGAGGCCAACGACGCGACUCACCCUGUCAAGCAACGAGCACACUUGCUUACACUGUGCGGUGCUCAAAUUUACGACGUGGUUUGUGCGCUGCUUCAACCGAAGACGCCCGACCAAGUGAGCUAUGCCGAGAUGGUGGCUGCACUUCAGGCACACUACGACCCUCGACCGCCCGAUGUCUACAGUCGUGCGAUGUUCCAAAAACGAGAUCAGCUCUCAGGCGAGUCGGUAAACGACUACGUGGCCGCUCUAGGCAAGUUGGCUACGAGCGGCAAUUUCGGCACGCUGCCGACGGCAACAACAGCUACGGCGACGCCAGCUGAGGGAACGGCAUCACCAACACAGCAGGGAGCUACGGACUGCAAUCCAACGCUUCUGCCAUUAGAUGUGAUGUUGCGCGAUCGCUUCGUGUGUGGCCUCCGCUACCAGAAUCUUCAGCAGCGACUAUUUGCAGAGAGGGACCUGACCUUUUGCAAGGCUUAUGAUUUCGCUAUUCGAGCGGAAAGCGCCGUCCAGCAGCAACGACAGAUAAAAGCUGAUCAUGCGGAAGUCAACAAGGCGGCUACGCGCGCCGGUGGCUGCGCUUUGACGUCCAAGACGCAUUAUCACCAAGGGCAACGCUUCUGGCGUUGCGACGGUUCGCACAGUCGCAAGACGUGUAAGUUCAGCACAACUAUUUGUAAUUACUGCCGAAAACAACGCCACAUUGCCAAGGCUUGUAUUUCCAGGAAGAAGGCUGAGAUAAAGACAUACCAGCAUAGCAUCUCCUUAGAAACUGCACAGACUGCGGAAGUGACUAACGAGACCAAUCAUGAGGUUUCAACGUUGCAUGACCUCUGUGCAGUGGCAGACGAAUUCAGCACCCCGAAGUUUACUCUGACGUUUGCAGUGCACGGCAAGCCUGUGACUUUUGAGGUCGACUCCGGUGCAGCGUGUACCAUGGUUAGCAGAGACACAUUUCAAACCGUAUGGCAGGCACACCCAUCCUCUCUGAGGCAGGACGACAUACAUCUGCACACCUGGUCAGGUCAGCAACUGCAGGUUGUCGGAACGGCGACAGUAAUGGUUCGUCACAAGAACACAGCUUGCAAGCUAUCACUUCUCGUUGUCGAGGGCACUGGAUGCAGCUUGUUGGGACGCAAUUGGUUUGACAAGCUGGGCAUCAAGCUUCACGGCAUUCACCAGACAACGGAGGAAAGCAGUUUCACCGAGUUGCUACAGAAGCAUGAAGAGAUUUUUCGUGAAGACACCACAGGACACACGGGUGCGCCAGUGAAUCUGGAACUCAAGGAGGAGUCAAGUCCCAAGUUUUUGAAGGCAAGGCCUGUGGCCUUUGCCAUGCGCGCAUCAACAGAGGCACAGAUUGACAAGUACGUAGAAGACAGUAUUUGGGAGCCAGUCCAAUACUCAGACUGGGCUACACCGCUAGUAUGGGUGCGGAAAAGGAUGGAAGCUUGCGCGCCUGCUGUAACUACCGUUGUACAGUGA